AUGUUCCUCCUUGUGGUUCUUGGUGUUUGGGUUCAUAAGAAAAGCUUACGCCACUUUGUACAUCGCAACAGCAAUAAAAUCCAAGGAUCUCCAUCACCUGCUAUUGCAGAACACAACAGACCAUCCACAGACCUGCUUAGACCACCAACAUCUCUUCUACCACUCUGGGAUUCUUCCUAUUCUGGUGACUAUGGUGGGAAUGGAGGAAAACGCUUUUCUCAUGCUGCAAACCAGCAGGAUGGACCCAUCACUGCCAUUAGGAUUCAGAUUCAUUCAAAUUAUAUUGUGGGUCUUCAGGUACGUUAUGGUCGCCAUUGGAGUGAGUAUUAUGGUGGUUCAUCCGGUGAGCGGGAGGAGAUUUUCCUGCACAAAGGCGAGUCCAUCAUUCAGGUCACCGGGAGGUACGGUUCCUAUGUCCAGAGGCUGGUUUUCAUCACUGACCAACGUCGCACCUUCAUCUUUGGCAAUGAUGCAGGCACUACCUUCAACGCAGCUCCGAUUUUCAAGGGCACUGUCUUGCGAUACUUCACCGGCCGGGCCAGCUCUUACAUCAACAGUAUUGGUUUCCACUGGGGUGACUACCCCAAUAAUGUUCCCAAUUGUUCAGAGAGGGGGAAUCUUUGAGAUGCAUACAAUUUACGGCCUA